AUGGAAGACAUUGCUGAAGAACAACAGCAAACUGAAAUUAAUGAAUCUAUUUCUGCAGCACCUCUUCCAGUAUCAACUGAUGAAGCAACAAAAAUUGAACAACCAGCAACAACAUCAUUGGUUCAAUCUCUUUUACAGGAACAAGCUGAUGAAAUAGUAGACAAGAAAAAAAAGAAAAAAAAGAAAGGCAAAGCUGGUCGUGACAAAGAACUUGAACGUUUGACAAAAGCAACUAAAAAUAUCUUUUCUUCGCCCGAAAAAUUGAAUACUGCUUGUGAACGUAUCAAUUCAUUAUUAAAAGAUCACAAAAAACUUUUACUCGAUGUUUGUCAAAUGUUAGACAAAGUUGGUUCAGGUCGUUUGUCAUAUGAACAAUUUCGACUUGUUAUCAAAGAUCGUUUACCUAUAAUAUCACGUGAAGACUUGUUUAUUUUAAUGAAAUUAUUUGAAAAUGAAGGUUUCAUUGAUUAUCGAUCUAUGUUAGAUCAACAACUUGGUAAUGGUAUUUUACGAUAUAUCGUACAAUUGACUGUUCCACCAUCAAAAGAGAUUAUCCUUGAAAAGAAAUUACCAAAAGAAUUGAAACGACCAUUUUAUGAACCUUUACAAUUGACUUAUCCCAAAUAUGUUACACUUCAUCUUCGUCUUAUCACAUUUGAUUCAUAUAAUGCUUAUCCGGGUCAUAUUCGUCUUACUGUACCUGAUCAUAUGAGUGUUUAUGCUCUAUCAAAAAUGGUGAUUGAUGAAACAGAUCUUGCGACACGAUCAAUUAGUAUAUUUCGUGAAAAAGUUCGUUCACGUCAUGGUCUUCUUGAUCCAAUGCGUUCACUUGAAGAAUAUCGUUUGAUAGGUGCCUAUGUAGAUGGUACACAUAAACAAUCAUUUCCAUCCUAUACAUUGUACUAUGAUUAUUCACCCAUGGAUAUACGUGGUGAUUGUCCAAUACUUAAAUGUGAUUAUUUUAUAAAAUGA